GACGCGGUGCGCGGGAGGCGGCGCGGCUGGAAGAGAUGGCGACCGAGGGUGAUGUGGAGCUGGAACUGGAGACCGAACCGAGCGGCCCCGAGCGGCCGCCGGAGAAGCCGCGGAAACAUGACAGUGGCGCUGCCGAUCUGGAACGAGUGACCGACUAUGCAGAAGAGAAGGAGAUCCAGAGCUCCAACCUGGAGACGGCGAUGUCAGUGAUUGGAGACCGGCGGUCCCGGGAGCAGAAGGCCAAACAGGAGCGGGAGAAGGAACUGGCAAAAGUUACAAUCAAGAAGGAAGAUCUGGAACUAAUAAUGAAUGAGAUGGAAAUCUCACGGGCAGCAGCAGAACGGAGUUUGCGAGAACACAUGGGCAAUGUAGUAGAAGCUCUUAUUACCCUUACCAACUAACUUUUGAAUGACCACAUCUUGAUGAAUUUAUUUAUUGGAAUAAAGGUUUCUUUCUUUUCCCCAUCUUA